UUCUGCAUGGCUGCUGUGCUGCUGCCGGGUGCGGCGUGGUUGCCUUCACGAACAUGAUGCGCUCGCCUUCCUGACGGUGAUGCGCACGGCGAGCUUGGUGCUCCUUGCGGCGCUGUGCCUGACCAGCGCGGCCAACCAUCUUGCGCCCAGCGACGGCGGAGCGAGGGCGUACGCAGCAUUUCUGAUGCUGCUGACCGCUGUGCUGCUUGCGGCCACUCUGUACUGUGCGGUUUUGUGGUACGUGGAGGACCACCACUGGCAGGAACUGCGCGAGCCGCAGCGUGGCGAGCUGGAUGCGCUGCUGCACGAUGACGAGGAGAGUGACGAAGAGUUGCGGAAGCACCACGACAGGACAUCAUCAUCGUACGCUUCACGCACCGCCGGCGCGUCGUCGUACCGACCACCCGCACCGCCGCAGUGGGAGCGCAUAAUUGGUAGCAACGAACGCAACCCAGAUACCAUUGACCGUCAGCCGCAGCCACUGGGCGUCGACACCCACUCCAACGCAUUAAGCUUCCUGGACCGUGCAUCAACUACACGCGGAAGCGUGAAUCACGCUAUCCUGUGA